UCUCUCCUUCUCUCUCUCUCUCUCUCUCAACUCUCUCUCAACUCUCCUCCAAUGAGACUGGCUCACGUAAGAUUAUACCCUUAUUGAUUAUCACAUUUUUCUCUUUUACCACAUUUUUCUGUGUUAAAUCCAAGAUGUCUUCCCUCCCUUACUCACUCUCUCUCUCCCUUACUCACUCACUCUCUCCCUUCAUCUCCCUUCAUCUCUCCCUUCAUCUCUCUCCUCCUCUCUCCUCUGUCUCUCUCACUCUUAUUCUCCAGUCAUAUUUGAUUUGUUACUGCCACAAGCAGACCAUGUGUGCCGUGCUGCUGAAGCUCCACCCACGCUAGUCAUGUGAUUCAGUUCACAUGACUCGCUGGGACCUGUGGGGGGCGCGCCCAUCUCCUGUCCAUCUCACACCUCUCUCCUUUUGACCUUUGACCCCCCCCCCACUGACAGCAUGUCCAAAGAGCCCGGUACCAACCUGGAGAGCGCCAUGCAGAUGCUCAUCAAGACCUUCCACAAGUACUCGGGCAAGGAGGGCGACAAGUACACGCUGAGCCGCGGCGAGCUGAGGGAACUUCUCACGGAGGAGCUGGGGAACUAUUUAGGGAGUGCGCAAGAUAAAGACGCGGUGGAAAAAGUGAUGAACGACCUUGACUCCAACAACGACGGCGAGGUCGACUUCACCGAGUUCAUCAUCCUCAUGGGCGCACUCACCGUGGCCUGCAACGACUUCUUCCAGGAUGUCAAGAAGGACGACAAGCCAGGGGAGGAGGAGAAGAAAGAGUGAACACGUGCAAGAGUGGGGGAAGGGGAGGGGGGGAUGGAAGGAUGGGGGAGAGAGGUAGAGAAGGAUAGAGAGAGGGGACAGUGAAGGAUGGUUGGCUGGAUGGAGGGGAGGUGAAUGUAAGCAACCAGGGUUGUUGGGGGAGGGGGGGGGGGAGUGUGACACGAUGGGUGAUGCUGGAAACAGAGAUGCAUAGUAGGGAGCUGGGGAGAACAGCAGAAUGGGAAAGGCAGCUACAUCAGGGAGGGAGUGUCAGGGAAGAACGCUUGCAUGAUUAUUUGAGCAGACAAACGCACCAUUUUCCUGGAAAGCCAUCAAGACUGCUGGUUUAAUCACUGGGUUUUAUCACUGGGCCUCACCUCUCAAGAACUCACAGAACAGUAGCCACUGAUUCCCCUUCAACCUCAGAGUAAUAACACAACAAACAAGGGACCUCAGAGUAAUAACACAACAAACAAGGGACCUCAGAGUAAUAACACAACAAACAAGGGUCCUCAGAGUAAUAACACAACAAACAAGGGACCUCAGAGUAAUAACACAACAAACAAGGGACCUCACAGUAAUAACACAACAAACAAGGGACCUCACAGUAAUAACACAACAAAAAAGGGACUUGGGAAAGAAGUAGGUGAAGCACAGCAGAGCAGACACUGAGGAGUGAAGUAGUACAAGUUGCUGUUGGUUUGGUUGUAGUGCACCUCUGAAGACACUUCAGAAUGCAGAGUUUGCUUCAUUGAUGUGGCUCAGACGGCAGUCUGUCAGAUUGUAGCCGACUAACUCUAGACUGGAUCGAUCGGGCCCUGAUGUGUGCCAGAUGAUCUGAUCUGAGCCACAUCGCGGCCAGCUCCGUCCCAGAGUCAAUUGUUAGAAUCAGGGUCGUCUGGUCUCGUCUCAGACCACCUUUAGGGUCUAGGCCGAGUCCAACUGGCUGACUGCAGGAUUCAUGGUUUUCCAGGAACAGGUUUUUCCUCUAUCCAGUUAAAACUGAUUAGUGCCUGUUGGCUAAAGACAAGAACUAGCAAAGCAAACUCUCACACACAUACAGCACGUCUUUCUUUUGCACUCAGUUGAUGGUGUGACAUGCAAAGACAGAGAGAGGGGGAAGGGGACAGGAAUGGGAUGAAAAAAAAAACCUCUACUGACAGACUUGGUUAAUUAAGGUUUAUUAUUAUUACGCACUAUUAUCGAUAACAUUAUCCUCUCAGUGUUGGAAAUAUGAGCAUGUUAGCCUGCCUCUUUUGCGCCUCUUUUGUAACCUAUUUUUUUGUUAAUAUCCCACAUAACUUCUGCAUUUAAAUAAACAUGCUUAACCAACAUGCAUCAUCGUUGACGUUUUUUUGUUUGUUUGUUUGUUUGUUUGUUUUCACAGGGAGGUUUUUGUUAUAUGUUCAAUCUCAAAGCAUGUCACACACACAAAACCAUGCACACACUCUUACACGCUUACUCUUAGUCUUACACACACACCACAUUCUUACACACAUUUUAAAGGGUUUACAAACAGGUUGACAGACAUGCAGUUGUGCCAAAAUGAGGACACAUAU